UUCACCGUCAAUUCCUAUACCGUCAUUGGAUGCCACGAGAUUUUUUGUUACCUCACCGUCAAUUCCUAUACCGUCAUGGAUGCCACGAGCUUUGUUCGCGUUGUAAAGGUUUCGGGGAUACGACUAAUGCAUGCGAGCACCGUCGGCGGAACCCCAGCGCCCGCCCUCUCGAUCUAUCCGUAAGAACGAGCCACUCUCGUGACCGUCACAUUUACGGACUCCGGACCUCCAGACUUUAGAGACCGAGCUUUUCUUUACCUUACAAUUACUGUAUACUCGGCGCCUCACUUAUAUGUGUUGUUUUUUUCACAUACAUUGUUCUCGUGGUUUACGGAAAAGUAGGCCUAAAAUGUUAUAGUGUCUAAAAACAAUAUUCAGUUAAUGGAAUUACACUUUUUUCCAUUACUGCUUGCUUGAUAUUGCCCUAACAACUUUUUCAUGAAUCAAUUUUGAGCAUUAUGUUUACAACGUAGUUAUUAUAGCACGAAAUAUGAGUCUAAAAUGCCAAAUACUUGCAACUAUUAUGUUAAUCACUGAAAUCUUAGUGUACUAAUUGCUCGCUAUAAGCUAGGUUAUUGCGCCCCUAAACCAACGUACUGACAACGCUACCUCCCCGGAACUCAAACUUUAACGGUUAGAGAUUGGUGAUGACCUAAAUUGAACAAUCAACUAAAAGCAGAGGGCAGUGUGGCAUCACCAUCGCAUGAUCCAAACAUCGACCGGAAAAUGGAAUUGGAAAACCUAGACUGGCAAGAGGCUGAAGAACAUGACGGGACCAGUGCUGAGAGUCAGUUUCUUGGAAAAGAGCAAUCAGAAGCACCUCCAAGUGAAGAUAGUGCAAAACUAGAGCCUCACAUGAUGUACAAGUAUGAACAGGCCAAGCCCAGGGAUGGUGGCUGGGGCUGGUUUGUGGUGGUUGGCUGUGCCGUUAUGCAUGUACUACAAGUUGGCACGGAGCGGACGUUUGGACUGGUUUAUUUGGAGAUUGAGGACAUGUUUGGUGGGAGUUCCGCUUUGACCGCUUGGAUUGGAUCUAUCCUGACUGCUUUUAGGAUGGGUUUUGGUCCAGUUGCCAGUAUUCUAUGCAACAAGUUUGGAUGUCGCCGCGUUGUGAUGAUUGGGAGUGUCGUGGUUCUGAUUGCUCUGAUUCUAAGUGCUGUGCCACCCAAUAAAGUCUACUUGGUCUUUACGUGGGGAGUCUUGUUCGGUAUUGGUGGUGCUCUGGUAUACACCCCGAGUUUCAUUGCAGUCGGACAAAACUUUGACAAGAGACGCGCCAUUGCUAAUGGAAUCUCCACGGCUGGCGCUGGUGUUGGCCAGUUUGCUAUGCCCCAGAUCUACCGGUUAUGUCUCAAUUCAUAUGGCUAUAUGGGCAGUAUGCUGAUUGUGGCUGCACUCAGCUUUAAUAUGUUAAACUGUGGUGCUUUAUACAGGCCUUUAAAACCAGUGAGAAAGCUUGUGGAGGUCGAAUUGGCUGACAUAGAGCUACAGAAUUUAAAAGAUGGCAAAUUAGAAGAUUCAAAAGAUGGAAAAGAGGAAGCUAAAAAGAGGAAAAAGGGAUGUUGCGGCAGAACAAAGGUUGUUAAAGACAAAAAUGAUAACAAAGCACUGGCAGUAAAAAAGAAACUUUUUAACCCCGAGUUAUUUAAAGAACCCAAUUUUGUCUUAUUUGCCUUCUGUGUUGGAUUGACGACAAUGUCUUAUAUUCCAACAACAACUUUCUUGCCUGCUUUAGCUGUGCAGAGAGGUUUUACUAAAACUGAUGGCUCUAUUCUGCUAUCUGUUAUUGGGGCGUCUGAUAUGGUGGGGAGGCUAUCUUGUGGGUUUGUCUUUGAUCAGAAGAAGGUUCGGUCAGCGAGACGCUAUAUUUAUUGCGCAACCCCAUUUAUUUUAAGUUUCUUUAUGUGUAUGAUUCCACAGUGCCAGUCUCUUUCUCACUUUAUCGCCCUCUGUGUUUUUUAUGGCAUCAGCGUCGGCAUGUUCGUCUCUCAGAUUGCCAGUCUCCUUGCUGAUUGGUGUGGGAAGGAGAAACUCGCCAGUGCACUCGGUCUCCUGAUGUGGUUCCGUGGAACGGGCGUCCUCGUUGGACCGACAAUUGGUGGUCUGAUCAAAGAUGCCACUAAGAGUUACAACCAGACGUUUUACUUCCAAGCAGCCGUCGCAUUUCUUGGUGGCCUUGUUUAUGUUCUGCUACUUAUUGUGAUGAGGGCGCUGAAGAAGAGGCAGAAGGAGAAGAACGGGGGAAUGGACCCCGAGGCCUACCCAGCAGUGGAUUAAACAUGACAGUAUUCACUACAUGUAUAGACGAAAUGCUCAAAAUAAUUUGUAUGAUGAUUUAUAGCCUUGUAUGAAAUUUUGAUAAAACUUUAGUGUGGCAUUGCUGAUUAUUAAUGCCACAAAGGAUCAUUAAGCAAUCAUGUACACGUCUGAAACGACAUUUUAUGACAAGUUUUUAUUGCUGCGAUUUGAUAAAUGAUCUAUUAUAUGCAUCAGGUAGUCACCAUAAGAUGCCUUGAUUAUCUUUCACAGGUGAUGUUAUUUAUAGCCUGCAAAUGAUAAGCCACUAUUAAAGUCGGCCAACUUCAAUAGAAAAUCAAACUUGUAUAGGAAAUAAUAGAAAUAGUCUAUAGUAUAUACCUUUGUAUAAAUCGGGUUUAUAUGAAAUCUCUUACAUGUAUGCAUUUUAGAAAUGCAUAUUUACACUUUGGUUGUCAAACUUUAGAUAGAUGUCAUAGAUUGAUCACUCAAGAUGGCCAGCAACAGUCUAUGACAGGUUGCUUUGGUUGAGUCUGCUUCAUUUUCUCUCAGUCCUGGUUGAAUCUGUUAUAAAUCAUUGUUUUCGUGUUUUACUGAACCAGACAUUUACUUGUACAGUUGGCACCAGAAUCUCUUUAUUUUGCCUUUUGAACAGAUUUUUCCCUUUUUUGUGUGCAGUAGAUCUUUAUGAUAUUGGAAAUGGUUAUAUACACAUGUAGAUCUGUUAGUCUGAGGAUUUAGUUUAUUUCUAAAACAGAGAUAUUUAUAACUGAGUUUCAACAGAAGCUCAUUGUUGUUAUAACAAAGUUGUUAUUUGGUCUGAAUGUAUGUUUGAGAAUCAGAUACCGGUAAUGGUCAGAUGCCUAGCCAAUGUGAAACUGCUGCUUUUCAAUGAUCUUUCGUACCGGGAAUGAAGUUGACAGUCCUUCCUCUUAGGACUGGGGAUGAUUUAUACCUGUAUACUGAUGAAAACCUUUUAUAUUAGCUUCAUGUUCGACUGAACGCUUGACUUGUGAUAAAUUAUUUAUAUUGAUUUAUACUGAAUCUGAAUAAAUUGAACUACGAAA